AUUACCAUUGUGGCCGUGCGUGGGCAGCGAUGACUAAAUGAAACACCCUUUCUAAAAGGAAUUCGAGACAGUUGUGUUUGGGUUGUCUAAAUGGCUUUGAUCCGGCUAGUGUUCCACAGUACAUUGUGGCUCAUAACUCAAGCCAAUAUAGUAUAGCACAUAAAUUUGUUGUAAAUUUGACUUGACAUUUUAAAAAACUCAGUCAUCUAUGUUCCACGAAGUACUGUGAAGGCACUCUUGUUACUGUAUGGGAUUUGGAGCACUACCGAUUUUUAUACUAAUAGUUAAGUCCUGUGUGGAGCUUUGGAAGACUUGUCUGCUGUAGCUUUAUUGGACUCCUGUACCAGAAAUUACUGGGCAUUGAACUUUGACCCUUUAGAAGUUAUAACCUUCCAGAGAAAGCCUAUCCUCUCCACUUCAGCCUCAAGUGAGGAAGGACACAGAUGCCAAGACUGCCUUACUUUAUGUAUCCAUAAUUUUUCAUAGCUAUAGUGGGGCACACUUGUGCCCAUUGCAGUGUCUCCAAGGGCAUUAAUUAGAAAUCCUCUAGCUUAGGCAAAUUUUUUCCCCGAAAAUCCCUAGAUUUUAAAUUUUGACAAAAAUCCCUAGACUGUGUCAUAAAAAUCCUUAAAAUUUUAUUAAUCAUGUCCAAAAUUUGUAGAUUUGACCACUCCUUUGUGAAUUAUUUGAAACCACACCUCUUUUGACCAUGAAUAUAAUUCAUUAUGCUGUGAGUAUAAUUAUUUUCUUAUAAAUAUCAUUAAUUUAAGGCCAUGAGAAAAAUCCCUAGAUUUUGGGUAAUUUAAAAAAAUCCUCUCCCUAAUCCCCAGAUGGGCAAAAUUCCCCAAAUCUAGGGGAAAAUCCCCAAAUAUGGAGACACUUGCCCGAUCUUCUAUGAAUAUCACUGUGGUGACCACAUGCUUAUGUGUUUUUUAGUUCUCACGUGGCACUCACAGGAGUAAACAAAAUGGCUGCCCUUACGUUGGCUACUACUUUGCUUUGCCAAUUGGAAUAUUUCUCCCACUAAGAUUGGCCCUCAAAAUGUCAUGAGGUCAGGUUCUUCUUAGAAUUCCUUUCAUCUGAAAGUCAAUCACUACAAGCCAAUUAAAGCAUGGUUCCCUCGUUCUUUAACUAAUACAUACAUGCAAAUAUAUUCAUAAUCACGACCUCAUAAUUAGUUUAAAUCACCUAUUUUUGUGAUUACAGCUAUUGGGAACGACUCAGGCUUUGCCCUUGGAUUCCAAAUAGCUGUAAUACCACCAAUUUGUUUUGAUGUGUAGCCUAUGUUGUAUCUUUCUCUUUGCAUAGUCAGUGGUACAUCUAAUUUGUACCAAUCACCUAUAAGUUUUAGCUAUUAUGUGUACCCUUUGUAACUUGUUAUUUCAUAUUUUUUGUUAUAAGUUUCAAUGUAGGCUAGAUGGCUGAAGUUCGAAAUCAUGAUUUAUUAUCGUCUUGAUUAGUUUAUCAUUAUUAGUUACAUGUACAUUUCUCUGUGUAGUACUCUUCUAUCCUUUUGUAUUUUGACAGGAUGGAGAAGUAGUUGAUAGAAUUAAUGGAGCUAAUUUACCAGAUAUUUCUCGGAAAAUUCAAUCUCUAGGUGAAAAUAUUGUGGAUGUGGCUAAACCGUUAGAUAAUUUACAAAAGGCUCUGAAUGUUCGUUUGAAAAGUUUGGUUUCUGCUUCAUCUUGUGUUUUAUUUAUGAAGGGAACCCCCGAGCACCCUCGUUGUGGCUUUAGCAAGCAAAUGGUAUCCAUUCUGCAAAAUUUAAAUGCUGAUUUUUCAUCAUUUGAUGUGUUACAGGAUUUAGAGGUUAGAAAUGGUCUGAAAGAAUUUUCAAAUUGGCCAACAUAUCCUCAGUUGUAUGUGAAGGGAGAAUUUAUUGGAGGACUUGAUAUUAUCAAAGAUUUAAAUGAAAGUGGUGAGCUUAUUAAAGUAGUCCCUAAAGUAAUGCCGCUUGAUGAAAGACUCAAAAUCCUUACUUCUCAAUCACACAUUAUGUUGUUCAUGAAAGGUACCCCGGAUAACCCAAAGUGUGGUUUUAGUAAAGCAAUUUGUAGCAUUUUGAAGGAGAUUGAUGUUCAAUUUGAAGCUUAUGAUAUACUCGAAGAUGAAGAUAUACGUCAGGGGCUCAAAACCUAUUCAAACUGGCCAACAUAUCCACAACUGUAUGCCAAUGGCAAUUUUCUUGGUGGAUUAGAUAUUGUUAGAGAUUUACAUAGCUCUGGUGAACUAGUCACUGCUUUGCAGAAGCCUUAACAAAAUGUUUUCUUUUUCUUCUAAUAGCAUUAAUGCAUGUACAUUAA